AUUAUUCAAACCGUUCAGUCGAAAUCUUUUCUUCAACCAUGAAAGUGUUCGUUUGUGGACUUGUCGUUUUGUGUGCUUUGGUGGCCCUCGGAAGUGCUGAUGAGGCGGUUCAUCUAGAGGAUGCCUCGGUACAGCAUGAACCGGCCGAUCGUGUCAAGCGGCAGUUCGGUGGUGGCCAUGGCGGUGGUUUUGGCGGCGGUCAUGGUGUACCGAAUCAUGGUGGACACGGAGGAUUCGGAGGUGGUCACGGCGGAGGUCACGGUGGUUUUAAACAGGGCGGCCAUGGUGGAUUUGGACACGGGCAAGGACACAGUUUCGGACACGGGCAUGGUCAUGGACAUGGACAUGGUCACGGCCAUGGACGAUAUUAAUUUUAUUAAUUUUUAAUAUAUAGUUAGAAAAUCGGAUAAA